AUGGAAUUAGGUGAAAAUAUUAUAUUUGACUUAAAGACCCAUGAAAAUCAACUGGAUCAAUACUAUACACCAUAUCAAAAACUCGAUAAAAUCAUUCAAAAUGAAAUGUACGCCAUAUUUUUUUAUUUAUUUGCUGUAGAUAGAUUGAAAAUUGAAGUUCGCCAUCAAUACUUAAAGUCUAUAGGCUCGGGAUUUGCAUUUGGCGUAACCUUAUUUUUUUAA